AUGUGGAAAUCGAAGAUUACAGCACAGAAGGAAGCUACACCAGUGAAGAAGACGAGGACGGAGACACUGAGACUACACACGAAGAAGAAGAAGAAAAAACACAAAAGGAAGACGGCCAAGGAGAAGAGGAACCAUGGGUACAAGCAAUCAACAAGAAAAAGGAAAAAAAAAGAGAAGAAACGACAGAGAAAGGAAACAAACAAACCAGAGACAACGACUCGGCAAUUACGCUUCUACAGUGAUAAGAAACAAAGCCAAAGCGACCACGGGCAGAAAACAUUCAUAUACCAGGAAAGAUCAUCAACAAAGAGAACUAACGAAGAAGCCAACAGUCCAGACAACCACAAGCAAACCAAAACAGGUGAGACAUCCGAGGCCAAACAAAACCCAUGGAAACAAUAA